GGUCAGGUGGGCGGGGCGGAGCGGCGCGGUGAGGAGGGGCCGCGCGGGGCCGGGGGCGCGCAGAGCGGAGCGGCCGCCGCCAUGUUCGGGGGGCUCGGGAGGUGCUUCGAGGAGGAUCCCUUCUUCAGGGAUCCCUUUGCUGCCCACCAUGAGCACAUGAGGCAGCUGCUGAGGAACUUCCCCGACCCUUUCGGCCGGGAUCCGUUCCUGAGCCUCCCGGAGGGAGGGGAGAGACCGGCGGAGAGGAGAGCGGGCGGCAGAGCCCAGCGGGACUCGCAGGUGGCCACGAGGGGCACCCGCAGGGCCACAAGCUUCUCCCUCAUGCCCUUUGCAGGUUUUGGGAGAGGGUGGGAUGCACAGUUUGUGGAUCCGUUUUCUGCAAUGGACAGGAUGAUGUCAGACAUGAGAAACAGCAUGCUGGAAAUGCACAGGAAAUUUGAUGAUCUGUCCAUCCAGCCUGAGGGACACAGCUUCAGCUCCUCCUCCAUGAUGACCUAUUCCAAAGUGGGGGAUGAACCUCCCAAAGUUUUCCAAGCCACAGCCCAGACCCGCACGGCUCCAGGAGGGGUUAAAGAAACAAGAAAAGCACUGAAGGAUUCUGAAAGUGGCGUGGAGAAAAUAGCUGUUGGUCACCACCUCCAGGAUCGGGCUCAUGUCGUCAGAAAAUCCAGGAACUCCAGGACUGGGGAUGAGGAGAUGAACCAAGAAUUCAUCAACAUGGAUGAAUCUGAGGCUGGCACCUUCGAUGAGGAGUGGCAGAAGGAGGUGAUGAAGUUCAGGCCUUGCCGAAGCAGAGAAGCUGUGGAGGCUUCAAGACCCAGAAGUGUCCGUUACAGCCCCAGGGAAGGUGCCUCAAGAAGAGAGAAGCCGCUUGGAGCUCCAGGAUCCAGAAUGCCCAGGGACUCCUUGGAGGCUCUCAGUGUGAAAGGAACCCCUGUCCCCCUGAAGGGCUCCAGGAAGUAACUCCCCAUUCCCGGGGAUGGAGGUUCCCUGGAGCAGAUGAUGGUGCUCAGUGCUCGAGUCCAUAAAAUACACCUGGAUUUGUGACCAA